AUGACCCCCCGGCGUUGUCUCCGGCUUGCAUGCACGGGCAUAUCUGCUCUACUGCCGCCGUCUAGCUUUCUCGCGCUUCACUAUGCAUAUUUUAUCGUAGUUUCCUUGAUCAGCAGCCUCAUCUUUUGGGGGGUGUCGAAUCCUUCCCGGAGCGUUUCGUACACUGAUUCUCUGUUUAUGUGCGUCAGUGCUAUUACAGGUGCUGGGUUGAAUAGCGUUGAGGCGUCCACAUUAAGCACUUUCCAGCAGGUUAUUAUGUUUGUGCUUCUUAUGCUAGGACAUGCCAUCCUCAUCUCGAUCACGGUACUUCAUGUUCGGAAGAGAGCUUUUCAGCAUAAAUUCAAGGGGAUAUCCCAUGCUCUCGCGCGACGGCCAGCUCAGGAAGCGCCCGCGCCUAAUUUGCAAUCGGACGUUCCUCUUGAAGAGAGAACCGAUACCAAGGGUUAUCUGUCAGCAAAUACUCUUCCCCUGGAGAGUUCAAGCCGUUCCACGAUCAGGAUUGAUGCGCAGCCUACGGACACUAACCAUCACGGUAUCUCCCGCGAUCGUUCAGCACCUGCUUCACCCAAGAACGGUAUCGACGCACCAUUGGACUUGAAUUACCAAGAGUAUGGGGCUAGGGAUAGCUACAACUCGUUGAACAAAGCUCAGUUUAUGCCCUCCAUGGGACUCUGGCGAGGAACUCAGAAAUAUUUUGAGUCAAAGGGGCUCAUUUCGCGAAACUCUCAGUUUCACGGAUUGACCCCGGAAGAAAGGGAGAGACUCCAAGGGGUUGAGUACAAGGCUGUUUCGUUCUUAUCGGUCAUUGUUCCACUGUACUGGCUGUCUUUCCUGUGCUGCGGGAUCAUGAGCAUGGGAAUAUGGUUAGAAGUCAAUAAACCGCAAAUUCCUCGAGACAACGGCCUGUCACCAUUCUGGACGGGUGCAUUUUUUGCGGUUUCUGCGUUCGUGAACAGUGGUAUGGGAAUUCUGGAUGCCAAUAUGACAGCCUUACAAACAGAUGCUUACCCCGUCAUCACGAUGGGACUUUUGAUUCUCGCCGGGAAUACCCUUUAUCCUUGUUUUUUGCGCCUCAUCAUUUGGUGUAUGAGGCGAUCAAUGCCGGAUCUACCAGCAUGGAAAUCAUGGAGAGUUACGUUGGAUUUCAUUCUCGACCAUCCCCGAAGGGUGUACACAAACCUUUUUCCGGCUCGCCAUACAUGGUACCUGCUGGCAACCGUUAUCAUCUUCAAUGGUAUUGAUUGGGCCGGCUUUGAGGUUUUGGCCAUCGGGAAUAAAGAGAUUGAGGGCCUACCAACUGGAUACCGAAUUCUCGAUGGCCUCUUUCAGGCGCUAGCUGUUCGCGCGGGAGGAUUCUCUGUCGUCACAAUUUCCGACCUACGUCAGGGAUUGCUUGUCCUAUACGUUCUCAUGAUGGUGGGGAUUCCUUUGGAUGCGUAUUUCUACGAUAUAAACCAGCUAACAUGA